AUGUACGGAACUGACCAAGAUUCCAACUACGGUUCCGACUUCAACACAGACGAAGAGGAAUUACUAGACGACCUCCUCAAAGCCGUCGCGGAACACGCGACCGUCCAGCCCGCCACUCCCAUCCCGACUCCAAUCCCGACCUCGACCUCGACCGCCCCGGAACAAACAUCCACAAGAUCGGAGAUCCCCGAUCCAGACCUCGAAUCUCUCCAUCCCACGGUAAUUGAAGCCCUCCUUGUCGAUAUCGAGGAUGGCGCUGGCUUUGCGGAACCGGGUACAGGUACACGGCUACCUAAGGUGCUGGGCCGGGAAGCGUCCCGUUCACCAUGGCGGUCGGGCCAACAGGGUCAAUCAGGUCGCGCGGGCGGGUCUGGCAGGAUGGCGAGUAGGGCGAGUACAAGUGCAAGUGCAAGUCCGCGCGCUGGCAACAGCAACAGGGCCAGCCCGUUUGUCGAGCACUCCAAUUCAACGGAAGGCAGAACAAUAGAGCGUGAGCGUAGCGCAGCACGCGAGCAGGAAUGGAUGCAGCAAGAUCCCGACGUUACGGCACUCGACACUCGAUCGCCCGUUGAACGGUUCCGCCGACAUCCCAAUAAAGCGUUUUCAGUUACGGACCUUGUUUCGCCUGCUUGGUGUGAGCUGCAGUAUUGGUAUACUCUUACCAAGCAUGGACGGAAGAAGCGCACUCCUGCUAUGCUGAGGGGUAGUUCUGUGCAUAAGACUCUCGAGGAUGAGAUUUAUACGACUGUCCCAGUGGAGAUUACGACGAAGGAGGAUGCGUGGGGCCUUCGGAUUUGGAAUAUUAUCCAGGGUUUGCGCAUGCUGCGUGAGUAUGGUGUUACGCGUGAGAUGGAGGUUUGGGGCCUUGUUGAUGGGGAAAUUGUUAAUGGGGUUAUUGAUCAAUUGUCUUAUGAGUGUCCGGAUCCUGGGCUUGAGGGGACAGCUGCUGGGUAUUAUGCUGAUCUUGCCGCUUCGAGGGCUGCGUUGCCUGAGUAUCAGAUGUCUUUGUCGGACUUUUUGCUUUCUUCUGCGCAGGGCGGGAGGAGCCUUCCUGAAUGGGGUCAGGGUGGUGGUGAGGAGGUGGCUGUUCCAGAGGAGCUGGAGCUGAAAUUGCCUGCGGAGGUUUAUGGUCUCCCCCGGGUCUACAUGACGGAUGUCAAGACCAAGGCCAGUCGGUCUAUACCGACUGUUAAGAGUACCGGAUUUCGGCCUACUCUUCUCCAGUUGCAGCUCUAUUAUCACAUGCUCAACCGUCUCAUUACAAGCGACGAUGUGACGAUCGACGUCCUCGCUGCUCGGUAUAACUUCAAUCCGGAAAGUUCAUUCACGAAUGCAUUCGUCUCGGAAGUCGGCGGACUGAACGAUGAAUUCUUCGAUGCACUUUCUUCCGAGGAAUGCGAAGCGAGUCCCACACCAGACGCAAAGAACCCAGCGUCAAGCCCUCCCGCCAGCCAAGACUCAACCAGCAUCCUCAUGACACACAAUACCCUCUCCCGUCUAUGGGCUUUCAUGAAAGACCAACUUCGCCUCACGUUCCUCCCAGAAGCAACCUCUACAUCCAUCGCACCAUCCAUACCAUCAACCUCCCAACCAGAAAUUCUCGAGGAGUAUCAAACCCUCCUCUCCCCGGUCCUCACGGCCCGGUACCUCUCUUCCGCCGCUGAGGAUGAGUCUCAAUCCCGCCACCUGGGAAGUCGAUCAUUCCUCUACGAUCCUACGACCAUGACCUCCUACCUAUCCGACCAGAUGACCUGGUGGCGUGGUGAGCGCGAUCCCCGCGGUGUGGAGGUUAUGGAUGCGUGGAAGUGUCGGAUUUGUGAAUUCCGGGAUGAGUAUAUAUGA